CCCACCAGAGCUUCCGUAUUAACUGAGUUUCUCAGUCUACCCUUGCUGGAUUUUUUACUUUGUAACGCUAUGCGGUCAAUUCCGGAGGAGUUAACGACGCUUAUUUCAGAUCUUGAAGAUUUCCUCUUCGAUGGUCUGAAAGGAGAGAAUUUGAGUAAGAAGGCAAAGGAGAAAAGAGAAGCCUUCAUAAAGCGGAUCAAAGAGGUCAAAUCUGGAUACCCUCAAGAGUUCAACGAGAAACGAGAUGCAGAGGACUCAGAAGAGGAUGAAGUGGAGGACAGCAACAAUGAUGGAUGGUCACUGCAUUCAGAACGCACAGAUAAGGAGGAUGAGACCUGUGAAGGUGCUCAGCAGUCUCUAGCCGUGGCGGCUCAGGACCUCCAGUCUGUCUUCAAGGCCGGACACCUGGAGAAACGCAGGAAGGAUCACAGCUUCUUUGGCACAGAGUGGCAGAAGAGAUGGUGCGCUUUGAGCAACCAGACAUUUUACUACUACGGCAGUGAGAAAGACAAGCAGCAGAAGGGCGAGUUUGCAAUUGAUGGCUACAGUGUCAAGAUGAAUAACACCCUGCGAAAAGAUUCCAAGAAAGAUUGCUGCUUUGAAAUUUCUUCCUCUGACAAGCGAGUAUAUCAGUUCUGUGCGUCAUCUCAGAAAGAGGCAGAGGAAUGGGUGGAGCAGAUAGAUUUUGUGUUGAGAGACAUGUCAGGGGUCAUUCCGUUGGACGAGGAGGAUCAAGAGACGUACGAUGACAUUGGCGCUGUCGAGGCGGAGCCUAUUGACGAUGACAUCUACGAAGAACUCCCAGAGGAGGACAUGUCCACUCCUCCCUUGCCCACACCUCCAAAGCCCAAGGUGGAACCCCCCACGCCACACAGCAAACCCACCCCACCCACUACAGCUACAGUGAAUAAGACCACAGACUACCAGAACUACUAUCAGGGGAUAUGGGACUGUACAGGAGAUCAACCAGAUGAACUGUCCUUCAAACGGGGAGACUCCAUCUACAUCCUCAGUAAGGAGUACCAGAACUAUGGUUGGUGGAUUGGGGAGAUGAAGGGCUCUGUUGGCAUCGUUCCUAAAGAGUACCUCAUGGAGUUGUACGCCAUUUAAACCCGCCUGAGGCAUCUAAAUUCAAUCAUCUUCCAUGUGAGAUGCAUGGAAACGGACCGUAUCUGAAGGGGACGCUGAGCUCAGCAGCAAAGCCAACUGUCUGUAGCAAAAUGAAAAAUAUGAACUGCUUUUGUUUAUCAUUUAUUAUCGCUGCAUUUUCCAUUUUGAUACAGAGUCUUUAUAUUGUGAACUGUCUAGAAUGAAUCGCUUAUGGAGUCUUUGUAUUGUGAACUGUCUAGAAUGAAUCGCUUAUGGAGUCUUUGUAUUGUGAUCUGUCUAGAAUGAAUCGCUUAUGGAGUCUUUGGCUGAGAAAUACAUGUGUAUAUUAGUGGUCAGGCAUAUUUCAUAAAUACUUGAUACU